UUUGAAUUAAAGCGAGAAAUCUCCGAAGAAUAGUAUACUUGGAUCCUCCACCGGCUUUCCUGUCCAUUUCGCGGGCUUUCUGCCCAUGCCCUUGGUGUUGUGACGGAAGUAAAUAAGGACACCAGAAGAUGGCGAUGAUGCCCAGUGUCACGUCUGGGAGCCGGACGGGGAGCCCGUUCGUAAUUGAGCGCGAUGAUGACUCGACAUUUGACAACGAUCUUAUAGACGCUGAUGACUCUAUCGAAGCCGAUGACCCGCUCGCCUCCACCACCGAUCGAACGCCCUUAACAGGAAAUAUCUCCUCUUCGAACAACGGAGGCGAGUCUUCUAGAUCUGGCGGCGGUGGCGGUAUCACCGGCUCAUAUCUCACUUCGUCCAUUCCCGGCGAAGACCGCCGAGCUCCCGUGAACACUAUCGAUGAAUCUGUAUGGGAUACGUUAUCACGCGAUUUUAUGGCAGUAUGGGAGAAAAUGAAGCAAGUCCUUUGGCCAAAGUAUCUGCUCGGAGGCAUGUUGCAGCGUGGAGGCGGGGGCAUCGCCGGCACCGCGGAAAGAGGGGAAUCCACGGGCUUUGGGAACGGACUGGCGGGGGUUAGUGGAUUAGUGGGGAGAUGGCCCGAUGCAGAUGCUGUGCUGCAGGGUGGGAUGAGCGAGGGCUUGAGAGAUUGGGAUCUAUGGGGUCCUCUAAUCUUCUGCUUAUUGCUGAGCAUGUUUCUCUCUAUGGCAGCGUCCAAGGAGCAGAAGAGCUUGGUUUUCUCGGGUAUGUUCUGCAUUAUAUGGAUUGGAGAAGCAGUCGUCACCCUGCAGAUCAAGUUGCUCGGUGGAAAUAUCUCCUUCUUCCAAUCCGUUUGCUUGAUCGGAUACACAAUAUUCCCGCUGGUAAUUGCGGCGCUACUUAGUGCACUAGGUUUACCUAUCAUUCCCCGAAUCCCGGUAUAUAUUGUCCUAGUAGCGUGGUCGCUUGCGGCUGGCGUCAGUAUUCUAGGAGGAUCAGGGGUCGUGAAGAAUAGAGUCGUCCUGGCUGUUUACCCACUACUUGUGUUCUAUGUUGGAAUCGGCUGCCUCUGUUUCAUCAGCUGAAAUGGAGAUAUGAAUGGCCCAAGGGCGUUUGCUGAUUGAUUAAUGAAGAUAGCGGCUUGGAGGAACCGAUCAAUGCGUGCUGACCCAGGUGUGAAUGACCGAGGACACGAUUAGGACCAGUGUACUAUGCUUGAUCUAGUUGUUUUAGCCUAUUCUUUGUAUGACUAUUUUGAAGAGGAUCAUUUGAUACUCGUCGAAAGUUUAUCCUCGCUUCAGUCCAUUUC